AUCAAGUUCAGACCACAGCAUCCUCAGCAUUCCAGAAGUGCUGGUGACGUUUCUGGAACUUCUGCGACACCCAGUUAUGUAAAGCUAACAAUGUUGAUUGAACUCUUGUCUUCAUACCUUGAGAAAGCCUCAUGCUUGCCACACCAGCAUCUUGAGAGACCUGCUUUGGGUGCAUUCACUGCAGGUAAAAUUGCAAAGAUUUGUCCCAGCGACCUUGCUUUGCUAAAGCCAUGGCAUUCUGAGUUGAUAGAGCCCAAAAUAAUUAACUUGUAUUCUGUUUUCGCAUUUCCCAUGCUACAGUAAGGUCCUGCUUGCGUUAUGUUGUGCUUUCGGACUUGCUCGAGCAUCGAAUCGCAAGACAUUAUGGCGGGGACCGAAUCCAAAGAGACUAAGGGGUCAAAUGCCCCAGAAAGAGAUGAGACACCUGACGGUCCGAAAGAAGAUUACCAAGAACUUAUUUUGACCGGAGACGAAUCGAGCCGACUAAGAGCGCUGGACGCCGCUGUCAGAGAUCAAAACGACCUGGAAAGAGACAUCGGACGUCAGGCGGAUCGACUUCUCACUGAACAGGCAAACGAGAGGGACCAGAAGCGCCUGGAUCGUACAAAAAAUGAAAAACUAAAGGUUGAAGACCACAUUCUCAGGCUGCACCAGCGCCUCUCCCAUCCAAUCGGCACAGCCGCUCGAGUUCGUAUAAACGCUGAGCUCCAAAAUCUUGAGUCUAAAAUAUCUGCUCUUGAGCUAGACAUCGAACAGAUACAACAACGGAUCUACGAAAGGCAGCAAGGGAUCGAAGACACAGCCCAGGCAUUCGGAGCAGGAAGGUUACCAAAUGAGACUAGGAGAGACUACCUUAUCCGCACUGGGAAAAUCACUCCAUUCUCUAAGCUUGGAGGCGGCCAUCGAGAGACCUUAACAUCUUUGCAAGAUGCUCUUAUCGACGCAGAAGAAGAGAAAGAGGAAGAGCUGGCGAUUAAGGAUUUGGGUGGUCAGCAGGCCGCAUCUCACCGGCACCUUCUUCGCCCCGGUUUUGACUAUGACGAACUGACUGAUAGUGAAACCCGUGAAAUUGUGGGACCCCGCCCGCAAAAACGUCGACGAUUGAUCAAUGAUAUCCCUGCGGAUGGCAGUGACGCCAACCUUACGAGGUCAAGAUCUAGGACGUCGAGAUUGCCUGCCUUGGAAUCCGACGACGAAUACAUCGAUUCCGGGCCAUUGGCGGAAUCCACCGAGGAAGAAUGGGGAGAAUCGUCGGACAUGUCAACAACGAGGCCCAUAAAGACAAAACCGGCUAAAAGUACGAAAAGUGUCGUGGAAGACCUUCACGGAGUGGAUGACGGGAACGAGAAAGUCUACCAGACUCGCCUCCAUGACUGGGUCUCACGAAGGUCUGAAGCUCGAAAUCGGGCGCGAUCUGGCCAUGAAGAGGAUGUCAGGGAUCCUGAUCAAGAGGACUCCGCCGACGAGUGGUUCUUACCGCAUCCAAAGGUCCCUGAUUCAGUGCUGGAUGGUGGAUAUCGAAUACCGGGUGACAUUUAUCCGUAUCUUUUCGACUACCAGAAAACAGGUGUCCAGUGGCUCUGGGAACUGUACCAACAGCGUGUCGGUGGAAUCAUCGGCGACGAAAUGGGCCUGGGAAAGACUAUCCAGGUAAUCGCUUUUCUUGCCGGACUGCACUACAGCAAGAAACUCGACGCCCCUAUAAUCGUUGUCUGCCCACCAACGGUGAUGAAGCAAUGGGUAAAUGAGUUCCACCGUUGGUGGCCUCCACUACGCGUCUCAAUUUUGCAUACUUCUGGAAGUGGUAUGAUCAACAUCAAAAAGGAAAGCCGUGCAGAGGAUACGUUAACUUCUGAAAUCUGGGACCCUUAUCGCCCAACGCGGAUGUCGGGCGGUCAAAAGGCAGCGAAAAGAAUAUUGAAGCGCGUUCUUGAGGACGGCCAUGUCCUUGUAACCACCUAUGCGGGUCUGCAAACCUACACAUCUCUAUUGAUCCCCGUUGAUUGGGGCUGCGCGAUCCUUGACGAAGGUCAUAAAAUUCGCAAUCCGGACACAGCAAUUACAAUACAUUGUAAAGAACUACGCACACCUCACCGACUUAUACUCUCUGGAACCCCGAUGCAAAACAACUUGACUGAACUCUGGUCGCUAUUUGACUUUGUUUUCCCGAUGAGAUUAGGGACGUUGGUGAAUUUCCGUAACCAGUUUGAGUUUCCUAUCCGGGCGGGAGGGUAUGCCAAUGCAUCAAAUUUGCAGGUGCAGACGGCAGCUAAAUGUGCAGAGACCCUCAAAGAUGCAAUCAGUCCCUAUCUCCUUCAGCGCUUUAAAAUCGAUGUUGCAGCAGAUCUGCCAAAGAAAACAGAGCAAGUACUCUUUUGCAAACUUACGAAGCUGCAAAGAGCCGCUUACGAAGCCUUUCUCAGUUCCAACGAGAUGUCGGCUAUUAUGAGAGGACGGAGAGAUGUCCUGUUCGGUGUUGACAUCCUCCGCAAAAUUUGCAAUCACCCUGAUCUCCCUGAGCACAAAACCUUAUCCCAGAAAGCCAACUACAAUUAUGGAAAUAGUGCCAAAUCUGGCAAAAUGCAGGUUGUGAAAGCUCUGCUUGAGCUAUGGAGAGAUACCGGUCACAAGACCCUUCUCUUUGCUCAGCAUCGUAUUAUGCUGGAUAUCCUAGAGAAGUUUAUCAAAUCAUUGACUGGAUUUAAUUACCGACGUAUGGAUGGCAAUACUCCCAUAAAAGUUCGUCAAGGAAUGGUGGAUGAAUUUAACAAUGACCCUGAUAUCCAUGUGUUUUUGUUGACUACAAAAGUUGGAGGGCUUGGUGUCAAUCUAACAGGCGCAGACAGGGUCAUCAUUUACGAUCCUGAUUGGAACCCUUCAACUGAUUUGCAAGCACGCGAAAGAGCAUGGAGAUUGGGCCAGAAGCGCGACGUAACAAUAUAUAGGCUGAUGACUGCUGGGACUAUCGAGGAGAAGAUAUAUCACCGACAGAUAUUCAAGCAAUUCCUGACGAAUAAGAUCUUAAAAGAUCCCAAGCAGCGUCAGACAUUCCAAAUGAGCGACCUUCACGACUUGUUUACCCUUGGUGACAACGGUCCUACUGAGACUAGUAAGAUGUUCCAAGAAGCCGAUGUCACAUUCCAAGAGAAUAGCAAGCACGAAAAAGACACCAAAGAAUCAAAGGUAGAAGAAGAGCGCAAAGAGAAAGAUAAAAUUAGCAAGGUUACUGGUGUGGCAGCUUUAGAACAAUAUCAGUCGGCUACCGGGACACCGACUGAAACCGACGGGGAGACUAAGCGGACAGCUGCAUCAAAUUCGGAUGCACGCUUAAUGGAGACCAUCUUCACGCGUUCAGGCGUCCACUCUGCUCUCGAACACGAACAAAUCUUCAAUGGCAGAAAGCGCAGUGUCAAAGCCGACCCCAAAAUAAUCGAAGCGGAAGCCAAACGUGUUGCCGCAGAAGCAGCAAAAGAACUCCUUAAAGCUCAAGAGGUUGCCAGAACCGUGCCAGUGGGAACUCCUACAUGGACCGGCCAAUUCGGCACUGCAGGUCGACCAGUAGAUCCUACUGCGCCGCGGGGAACAAUGCCAGUCUACGCAGGCGGAGGUGGCAGUGUGGCACGCAGGACAAUGCACGGUCCGUCAUCCGCCAGCAUCAUCGCAAACCUGACCAAUCGUACCACCGGACAACAUUCAUCUUCCGGACGAAACAGUCCAGGGCGAUCGGGUACAAGCACCCCUCGAGGUAAAGAUUUCAUGGUCAUGAUCCGGGACUACAUCACUGCCCAAGGAGGAGCGGUGUAUACACAGAUGUUGGUCGAUCAUUUUAAUAGAUUCUGCGAUUCGCCGAGGGCAACGGCCGAGUUCAAGGAAAUCCUAAGGACGAUUGCGGUUCUCGAAAAGACUGGUCGGCAAGGAAGAGGAAAAUGGGUGCUGAAGCCCGAGUAUGCAAGGAAAUAGAGCGUUCUGCAUGGGUGAAACCAUUACAUUGUGAAGUGUAUAUACAUACAUACGUACUGAGUACAUGCAUAUAAAUGUGUAGACAUGCGUUCAGUCAAAUUGAGAAUACCCUGAUACCGCAGGUAUCCGAUAAUCUCACUCGAGCAUCUUGAGUCGACCUCACGCGAAAUCUUGAAAUGAGCUGUUACACCAUGAUUCAGCUGAGACCCUUGUGCUUCCUUGGACAGUCCGUAGGUGUUUUACAUGUCGCGGUUGCGUACAUAUACACGCUGUACGUAUGAUCAACCCCGCUGGAAGUACGGAGUACUCCAACAGUGGCAGCUAACAAAGUCGCUCCGCAUCACAAACUCAAUCUGGGGUCGCCAAUCUGGCAUGCCGUCGAGACUAGUUUGUAUGUUUGCCUUGGAUUUUAUAUAAAGGUGCUGCAGUCACCAUCUUCGCUGAAAGGAAACUUCUCUCCUCUACGCCUUAGAGCAGUCACGCACUCGUAUCCACUUAGUUAUCCACGCAUCUCUGCCAGAUCCCCUGCAAAUUCACUAUUCGUCGCCAUGUUCGCACAGAUCUUUCUACUUCUCCUCUUGUCCAUGCUAUCCGCCGCUUUGCCAGCACCGGAAGGGGCAAGGGAGUAUUAUAUCCGCGACUCCAACGGCCAAUAUCUGUCUUCAUAUCACAUCCAAGCUGGUGCCUCGGAUGCGGUUUUUGUUCCGGACGUGGAGCGUGCAAGCAAGGGAUUCUUGAGCGGGUCAAAUCAAAUGAUUAGCAGUGAGUCGGAAAUAUCAUGGGGAAUGGUUUUGACCGCGCCGAAAUAUUCUCGUAAGCUAUCUGCAUUAAAUUUCCCCGAAAUAUGGCGUAUUUGAAAGGUCAGUUCAAGUCGCUUAUGAUUUGAAAUAGAAUGGGCAAAUGUCCAGAUCAGGGCCGGCGACACAACCGACGGGUUCUUCCUUGAUGGUGACCGGCUGUUAUGGCGAGACGAAGAUGAGUUUCGUGGAUGGCUAGGUAAGAAUUUCCCCAAAGGAAUGCACCCUAGCGACUUGGAGUCCCCUUCUUGCCAGGCCGGUAAACGCUCACAGUUGAUCUGCUGAUUAGUAUGCGAUUGGUGGCACGGUCUUCCCCAACUCUUCUGGGUACCCAGUGCUCGAAACGAGACGUCAUAUCCCAGCUCCUGUUGGAUGACAAAUUUGAGGGUGGAAAAUGUCUGAUCGGGAUGAUGUUCUGGGAGACGGCUUGCUGGCAGACAACAUUUUUGGGUCUCCUAAGUUGAGGUGUGCUCUCACGGCUUAUAUGAACGCUGUGGUACGGAAUACAUGACAGCAAGGAUAAUGUAUGAAACAAUGCCGGAUCAUCA